AAAGAAGUCCUGCUCUCAUGCAAGUUUGAUGCGCAAUUGAAGCGCUCGGCAAAUGACCAAGUCGAAGACUCGCACAUGGCCGCGUUCGGAGUGUGUGAUUUAACUCUUCGUCAAACUUGAAUCCCUCUGAAACGUGUUGGAUGUGUUUGUGCGGGAUCGUUAAAGGUGAAAGAUGAUGAUGGACCCGAUGCAAGCGUCUCCGAAGUCUUCGCUGUCAUCACCGCGAGGCAAUCGGUCUCCUGUUGUCCCCAGACAGGAUUCCACGGGGACCCUCAAAACUACAAUUGCACUGGGGAAAACCGGACCCUCAAUCGUCCACACGGGACCCUUCUACCUCAUGAAGGAAUUACCAUGUCCAAGUGAGCUGACUGGAGCAACAAAUUUGAUGGCCUUCCAUGACUUGGAGCAUUCAUACAAUAAGUUCAGUGGGAAGAAAGUGAAGGACCAGCUUUCCUGUUUUUUACCAAACCUCCCUGGCUCCAUCGAUUCUCCUGGACGGGACCAAGACAACAGUACCCUGAGGUCAGUAAUUGAGAAACCACCCAUUGUAGGGAAGGAAUUACAUCCACUCUCUCAGGCCCAACUUGCCGGUUUCCGCCUUUACCCAGGACCUCUUCCGGAGCAGUACCGCUUCAUGAACCAGAGUCCCUCGAAGAAGAAACACAAGCAGAAGAAGCACAAACACAAGGGAGCAGGAGAACCAGGGUCAACAGAAGGGGGUGAGGGAGAAAUCCAUGAGAAGAAGAAGAAAAGGAAGCACGAUGAUGAUCGGAGGAAAAAGAAAAAGGAGAAAAAGAAGAAAAAACAGAAGCACAGCCCUGAGCAUGUUGGUGCCAUUGGCCCCACCCAGUGAACCAUAUGCUUAUUGACUCCUUCAUCUUGUACCUGAGAUCUCAUCUGUGCACAUCCGGUGGUUCAAUUCUCAUAUGUGUGCGUGUAUGUGAACAUCAAAAUCUGCCAUCUCUAGAAAUGAAAUGUAAAGGAAAUUACCAACAAGAAACCCUAGAACUUUGAGUUUGACAAUAUUUGCAUAAGUUAUAUUAUGAAUAUGGAGGAUACUGCUUUUUUUCUUUCUGGAAAUUUUGAGGAAAUUAAGAAAAACCGAUUAUUUCUUUUCUCAUCACACCCUUAAAGGUAUGAAGCAUCAUCUAUUCCUGAUACCCACUGUAGUGGAGAUGGUGGCCUUUGAUCAUUGCUUUAACCCAAUAUGAUCUCCCUGCAGAUCGCAUGGAAUUGUCUUGUCCAAUGUUGAGCCUGUACCUGAAGACUGGUUUACAGUUGAUGACUUUGGAUUCAUUGAAUUUGAAUGAAUUAUGGUUGUCAAUUCAA